CUAGGCGUGAAUUCGUUCAUCCCCUCUUUUCCCAAUCUGCAAAUUCUUCCCCAAAACCAACAAAUCCCAACAAUCCAUGGACCAGAACAACCUCCAGCAGGGCGGGGGGCCGCCGCCGCCGCCGCCGGGGCAGGCCGGAGUUUAUCCGGCGCAGCCGCCGUACCAGCAUCUCCUCCAGCAACAGCAGCAGCAGCUCCAGAUGUUCUGGACCUUCCAGCGCCAGGAAAUCGAGCAGGUGAACGAUUUUAAGAACCACCAGCUGCCAUUGGCUCGCAUCAAGAAGAUCAUGAAGGCAGACGAGGACGUACGCAUGAUCUCCGCCGAGGCGCCGAUCCUGUUCGCCAAGGCCUGCGAGCUCUUCAUCCUCGAAUUGACGAUCAGAUCGUGGAUCCACGCCGAGGAGAACAAGCGCCGGACGCUCCAGAAGAACGACAUCGCCGCCGCGAUUACGCGCACCGAUAUAUUCGAUUUCCUCGUCGAUAUUGUGCCUAGAGACGAAAUCAAGGACGAGGCGACGGCUUUGGGCGGGAUAGUUGGACCACCCCCGGGCGCUGCCGCCGGCGCCGGUGUUACAGGCGUGCCUUACUAUUACCCUCCCAUGGGACAGCCUAUGAUGGGGCGACCUGCCGUUCCUGGCGUGGAUCCAGGAGUUUAUGUGCCGCCGUCUCAGGCGUGGCAGUCGGUGUGGCAGACGCCGGCGGAGGAUGGAUCGUAUGCCAGCGGCGGAGGCGGCGGCAAUGGUGGACAGGGCAACCUCGACGGACAAGGUUUUUGUCGCUGAGGAACCUGGUCUGAAAAGCUUUCUUUAGAGCUGAAUUGUUCGAAUCUGAAGCUAUGGGCGCGCCGGGUCGAGAGAGGGUGUGGUGCAAUGGAGUCGCUACCCCGGGUAAUGAAUGCUAUGUAGAAAUCUUAUUUUCUUUUCAACUAUGAAUGAAUGUGGGAUUCUUUGCACAUAGCCAUGAGUCAGUCUGUCUGUCUGUUUACCGGUCGUUGGUUGCGCUUAAGGAUGAUGUUUGUUUAGAACUCGAUUUUAUGUAGAUUGCGCGCUCACUCUCUUCUAGUGGAAUGGCACGCACAUUAUGCUAA